UCGAAGGCCUACACCCAAAAGCCAUGUUCCACCCUUCGUCUUCGUCGGCACCCUACAGUGACCUCUCCAUGCACCAUGCAGUGAGCUUCUCUUCUGCUGUGCCCACAGCUCCAACCGAAAUUCCUCGUGGGGGUUUCUUCCACGACAACGGUGGCCUGUUAGCACUUCCCAAUGUUGCUGCAUCGGCGCCACCUCCCUACCCCUCUUCCCUGCCUUCCUACUACUUCCACAAAAACACUAGCUCAUAUUUCCCCCCUCUUCACCUCCAGUUGUCUGAACAACUUAGCAGUAAUGUCACCUUGUCUUGCUCGUCUCCUUCGGCAAGCCAGUUGCCUCUUCCACACGUUCCUUCUUCCCCUUCCUCAUCCUCUGGCGAAUUCUUGGAAUUCAGCACCGGAGCCCUGCGGCGCGUCUUCAGUACCGGUGACCUCCAGGUGAUGAAUGUCUCGCCAUCUCCACCGCCACCGCCACUUUCGCGUGACACACACGGCCAGGAUGCAGGGGGGCCUUUCACUCAGAAGGUCGGGAGGUACAGUGCUGAAGAACGCAAGGAGAAGAUUGAGCGCUACCGUACCAAGCGUAACCAGAGGAACUUCCACAAAAAGAUCACUUAUGCCUGCAGGAAGACGCUGGCGGAUAGCAGGCCUAGGGUGCAGGGCCGCUUCGCGAGGAACGCCGAGACGGAGGCUGAGGCUGUCGCAGCAGGCCACGAGAGGGAGGCCUCCGACAACAGCUACGAGCACUGCCAUUACAGCGACCUCGCCACCAACGGCAGCAGCUGCUUCGACAGCAUGCGCAGGGAAAGUGGCAAGACCACAGCAUUUGACGACGGCAAGUGGUGCUGGGAAACGCCGGUAGCCUCUGCAGCAGCAACAGCAGCAGCCAAUGGGCAUCAUGGGCACCAUCACUACCACCAGCAGCAGCAGCUUCUCGAUUUCGAUGUCGAUGUCGACGAAGAGGAUCUGUGGGCCAGCCUAGCUGACAUGUACUCCGGGACCUGACCUGGGGCCAUACAGCGGGUGU